GUCACCCGCACAGCCGCCGAGGUGGCUUCCAUCUCGCUCGUGCGUCGAUCUCACUGAGCCCCCGCCGUUCUUCUCUCCACUUCCUGCGUUCUCCAGCCGCCGUCUUCGCUGAUAGGCUACGCCGCCUGCUGGCCUGCGCGCGCCGCAGCCUAACCCUGUGUGCACCCUGUUCCUAACCCUGCGUGUGGCCGCCGCCGACUGGCUUGCGUGCGCCCGCGCCUCCGCCUAACCCUGCUAGCUUGCGCGCCCAACGCCAGAAGCCAGAUGCCCUGAGCCCACCGCCGGCUGUCUGUGCACGCAAGUGAACCCAUCCGGCUACCUGGGCACGCCAUCCGACCUCCCUGCGAACCUCUGUAUCGGCCGUAUUCCUCAAGAACACAGGGCAAACAAUAAGUUCUGGAGACAGCAAAACCUUAAGGGCUACUCUCCAUUUAGUGGUUAUGGAGUCUCCCAGGAAGCAUAAGGCCAGUGCCGUGCCAGUCAAGGAGAAAGUGAAGUUAGAAGAUGGAAAUGAUUUGUUAGUCAAGCGCAGAAAGACUGAAUUUUCAGGGUCCAUUGUCCAACCAGAACGGGAAAUUGAAGUCUUUGACCCGGAGAACAAAGUGCCUGAUGGUCUCCCAGUUGAAUAUUCUACUGACAAGGAUCCCAUGGAUGCGCUCACUAGUUGUGCAGUACAGAACUUUGGUCAAGCGAAAGGUAACACAUCAGCAAGUUCGAGACUGCCAAAAAUAUGCAAGGCAGCUGGCUGGAAAGAACCAUCAUUUGACUUUGAAGAACAAGGACCUCCGCAUAACAGAAUAUUCACAUGCAAGGUGACCGUCCACUUGGAUGGACUGGUCAACACCAUUAUGGAGUGUUUCAGCGACCCCAAACCUAAGAAGAAAGCUGCACGGGAGAACGCCGCACAAGGGGCAUUAUGGUGCCUUGAGCGCUCUGGUUAUGUCAAGUCAUCUUCAGAUGUUCCUGACCUGUGCGGCCAUCAGCCCUUCUGCUAGCCAGAUCUACCCUUGUAGGAGUAUUAAUGUUGGUAGACGGGUGCAGCUUGUUGCUGUGGCACAGUGGUUAUCCAUGCACUGAUGCCAUGAUACUCUUGAGAAGUUGAGUCCCUUAUGAAUCUUGAGCCGGCUGUGUUGGCUCGUGUACCUAGUCUCUAGCUCGUUUGGUUACAUGCCCAACGCCUGCACUUGUACUGUGUAAAUACUGAACUCCGGCGAUCAGUGCAAUCAAACUGGAGCUCCUAGUCGAGCUCUGUCUUGCAA